UGCUGUUUGAACAAAACACCUAUCCACGUUCCAAUAACAACCAAUUUUCCAAAAUGAAGGCUUCUAUUCUUCUUCUUGCCGCCUCCGCUGGCCUUGCCCUGGCCCAGCCUGCUUCCCUCAGCGAGCGCGACGACACUUCAGGUGUCUGUCCCACCUUCGGCGCACCUUGGGAGCCUACUGCUGCAUGCUGCUUUUACACGCCGUGGAGUGCAGAACAUUUACCUGGCGUCGUCUGCUUGAAGGCUACGAGUACAAAGAAUACAGCCGACUUCGAGGAAGGCUGCCGCAAAGUCAACGAGACUGCUCGACCUCGGUGCUGCCCCAAAGCUGCGAUCGCCGAAAAUGAGAACGACUUAAACCAUGAUGACCUUCUCUGUACAGACCCGAAGGUUGUUUCUUAGAGCUUUUGAUUCAUGUGGCUUUAGGGGAAAUGGCGAUAUACGAUCGGCUUCUUCGGCAUUGUGGAAAAUGGCCUAAGCCAAAGUCCGUUUUAGUCAUGGACAACGCGUCUUUUUAUCGUUUCUGAUCGUAUCGAGUAAAUGUGCACUGAAGCAGGAGUAAAGCUAGUGUACCUACCACCUUACCUGACUUAAAUCCUAUCGACGAGUUCCUCUCGGAAUGAAAGCAUUUAUUAGACGC